AUGGAUGACUUUAAAUGUACAUAUGAAAACCAUGAAAACGAUAAAAUAAUUGGAUUUUGUUUGAAUCAGAAAUGUUAGAAUACAACAAAAUUUUGUUUGAAAUGUUUAAUUGAUAUCCAUCAAGACCAUUAAAAGGAUUGCAUCCCAUUCCAUAGAAUGAUCGAAUUUGUGAACAAACCCAGACAAAAUUUAAAUGAAUUACAGACAAAAUUCAUAAAAAUCUCAGAAAAACUGGAGAAAUCAUUUUAAUAGUUUUUUAAAACAAUAGAUCAGGAAGCUAUAAUAUUAGAAAACAUGGACAACAUACUUAAAGAUUAAGACUAUUCGACUUUUAAUGAAUAUAUUCAUAUACUAAAACAGUUUUAUUCGAAGGAAAAAUACAAUUACAUAUGUAUCUUCUAUAUAUAUAAAAAAAGAAUAAAAAACAAAAAAACUAAUUCAAUAAAACUAUAAAAUAAUAUAAGAAUCAGAAGAAAUUCAACCUGGUAAAAAUGA